CGCUGGGAAGAUGGCCGGAGUGGGCAUGGCGGCUCUGGGCGCAUGGGUACCUUGUCGGAGGUGGAGCAAAGCGGCAGUCUUCGGCUUCCACCGUGGCCUCACCGCGUUACUCGCCAGGAAGCCCGAGGGGACGCCGCUGUGGCUCCCAGCUUGCAGACAAAAGACAUCAGUCUCUUUCCUUAGUCGACCAGACCUUCCAAACCUGGCUUAUAAGAAGCUAAAAGGCAAAAGUCCAGGAGUUAUCUUCAUCCCUGGCUAUAUUUCUAAUAUGAAUGGUACAAAAGCAUUGGCGAUUGAAGAGUUUUGCAAAUCUCUAGGUCACGCCUAUAUAAGGUUUGAUUACUCUGGAGUUGGAAAUUCAGAUGGCAACUUACAAGAAUGCACAGUGGGAAGAUGGAGAAAAGAUGUUCUUUCUGUAAUUGAUGAUUUAGCUGAAGGGCCACAGAUACUAGUUGGGUCUAGCCUCGGUGGAUGGCUUAUGUUUCAUGCUGCAGUCGCAAGGCCACAAAAGGUUGUUGCCCUUAUUGGUAUAGCAGCAGCUGUAGAUGGCCUAGUGACACAGUUCAGUCAGCUUCCUGUUGAGGUCAAAAAGGAAGUAGAGAUGAAAGGCGUGUGGGCCAUGCCAUCAAGAUACAGUGAAGACGGAAUUUAUCACAUUCAGUAUAGUUUCAUUAAGGAAGCCGAACACCACUGCUUGUUACAUAGCCCUAUCCCAGUGAACUGCCCCAUACGAUUGCUCCAUGGCAUGAAAGAUGACAUCGUGCCUUGGCAUACAUCCAUACAGGUUGCUGACCGAGUGGUCGGCACAGAUGUAGAUGUCAUCCUCCGGAAACAUAGUGAUCACCGAAUGAAGGAAAAAGCGGACAUUCAACUUCUUGUUUACACUAUUGAUGACUUGAUUGAUAAGCUUUCAACUGUAGUUAACUAGAAUCACAUUAUUAGUUGGUAUGUAAACUCAUGGAUCCAGAAGAUUGGCAGAGGGGUAACAAAUGAAAGACCUGAUACUUAGGUUUUUUCCUCUUGUCUCUACUUUGUAAAUAUCACACGAGUAUUUAUUUAAUGAUGUAGAAUACAAAUGAUACAAAUUGUGAAGAAAGUACAAGCUGCUGUUUGGAAAAUUUUCUCCUUCCUUCAAUCCUUG